AUGGCAAUCCAGAUUUUGCGGCCUCAGGACUGCCUGGUGGAACGAAUCAGGGCUCCACCGUCGGACUUUUCCCGCCGGAGGAGUUCCGCUAAUAACUGUAAUUAUUAUUACUACAACAACCAUAUCGCCGCUUCCAGGUCCUGCCGGAAGCCGGUUGCCCGACCAGACCAGAGGAAACGCGUUGUCCCCGCCUCUGCCCUGCCAGUGGCAGCAGAGGCCGCCAGGAGAUCUGCUGGUGAUGAUUCGAGGGUGGCCAGGAGCCACGGGUUGGAGAAGGUUACGAUUCUCCGGAGGGGCCAGUCGCUUGAUUCAGCCGUGAAGAGCGACAUGUAUGCCGGAUCGGCGUUCGCGGUGUCACCGUCGCCGAACGCGCUUCCGAUGCCGUCGUUUCCGACUAAGAAGAAUUCCUCGGCAGCGAUUGAUGACUCCGCCACACGAGAUCUGAGGCGUCUGCUCCGGCUCGAGUGA